AGAGUUUAUAAUAUUACAAUGUAAGACCUAUAUUUUACCAUUUGUUAAAAAAAGAGAACCAACCAAACUUGGAGAGAGAAAUGGCGACGGCAUCGGAAAAUUCAAGAGGAAUCAGCGGCGGUGAUCGAACGGCGAAAGCUGUCGUCGCCGAUCAGAUUUCACAAGCCGUAAAUUCCACUGCUAACCUUCUUCAUCUGAUGCGUCAAUCGUCUUCUUCUCAGGCUCAGUUGGCAAAGCUCCCGAAGAAUCUGUUGGCGAAAGCUUCACUGACUAAGGCCACUGGACAGGCGUUGGCGCAGCUUCCUCAAGUGAUUUCAUCUCUAGAUGCUCAUAUAGAAAGCGGAUUGCACAGCGGUGUUCAUCUAAACACAGUAACCCAGUUACUUGAAAACAUGGAAAGCACACAGCUUCGUGCUCUUCGACAAUCUAAUAUUUCCCCUGUGGUGUAAACUCUGAUCUCUUAUUAGCAAUUAGAUGUUUCUUUCUUCUGUUACAUUUUUCUAGCAAGCAAUUGAGAUUAUCAUAAUUGAUUUUUGUCCAUAGGACAAUUGAUCUCCAGCUCAUUUGAAAAUUUCAGACAAAUGACAAGUAGUGAUCUCCAAAGAUAGACACAUACGGCGUUCAUCUUCUUCCAAGGAACACGCUUCCCUAAUCUCCUCCACCAAAGAGUCGUUUCCACAACAGAGAGAAAUAUAUGGUUGUGACUUAGUUUUUGAUUUCCGUCUGCGUACCCAUUGUGCGGAAUCUGAUUCCAUAAUAGCUCUGGUUGGUUGCUAGCUAGAUAUCUCCGCUGGUCACUUUUGGGAUCAGAUUUAGUUGGCUUGAUUCUUCAUGAUGACUGCAUAUUCACGAUUAAGAAUGAAUAUGUGAAUCUUUUCUGCAAUUAUUGAAAUAGAAAGGUUUUUCUUUUGUGUUCAACUUUUGGGAACUCGUCUUUGAGCUAUGUGAAUCUCCACUCUUAUUCGGCCAUGUUUUCUUUGCUGUCAUAAAAUUUAACAAUGUCAUAACCACCAGUUUAGCAGGCUUAUUUUGAUGUGGUUUUGGUUGAAAACACGAUUUAUGGGUUAUUAUUUUAUUUCUAGUUGACUUUCAAAAUCAAGAGAAUCCAUAACAAUUACAAAAAAAAAUACAUUAACUUGGUUCUAAGAGGCUUGUUCGUUUGGCAGCGACUGUCAAACGAACAACAGAACAAGUCGCUGAUCGCAGUUGAUG